UGUAAAAAUCGGUGCUUCCGCAGAUAUUUUUACUGAUUUUCAUUACUUACUACAAUUUUUUUGUUGUUUUUGUACGACUGUAGUGAACAUGCUGUACGACUCGUAACAAAAAAUAAAAAAUAUUUUCUCGACAAAUCCGUAGUUCGUACACACAGAUUUGGACAUCAUUACACCUUUUUUUAACCAGCAGCAACAAAAAAAGUGCUUAAAAUGGGCACAAUAAUGCGGAAUUGCAUUGACUUGUUGUAAAAAUAAUGAAUAGAGCUUUAUUUAGUGAAUACGAAAAAAAAAUUAGUCAGCAACUUCUUCUUCCAUCCAAUUACUCUCGACGACUCGACGUGCAAUUAUAUCAUUAGCGAAUGAAACGUCAUAAAAAAUAAAUAAAUGAGUGAGAUAAGCCCGAUCUGAAAAAAAAAAUAAAAAUAAAUAAAUAUUUAAAAAGUGAGUGAAUGACUGUGUGGAAAGAAAGUCAUUAAACAAACAUUUUAUGUGAGAAAUUAUUUUUAAAAAAUAAAAAAGUAAACUAAAAAAAUUACUUAAUAACGAAAAAAAAAAAAAAAAAAAUGUAUCGACCGAAUUUUUAUGAAUCCUCGUGCAACAGAUGCAAAGAGAUCGUUUACCAAGUUGAUCGAAUCGGACCCCUGAAGGACUUUACCUUUUAUCAUUCGGGAUGCUUCAAGUGCAAUCAUUGCGGAACAAAGUUGACACUUAAAACUUAUUACAAUAAUCAACAUGAUCAGGAAGAUAAAGAGGUUUAUUGCUGCUCACACGUACCAAAAACGGGCCCUGGCCAUCUAGAUCAGUCCUCUGUGGGGAUUAGACAAGCAUUAAACGUUCCAAAGAGUACAAAUUACAUUAAUGAACAAAUUCGGGGAUCGCGUGAUGGAAUUGAUGGUGCAAAGCGACAAUCAACGCCAAACGGGCUAAAUUACAGUCACGGCUCGUAUCGCGACCCAAGUUCGCCGCCACAGAACGACAGCGACUACAAAUACGGAAGAUUCGAUGCGAGCGCCUUGCACAUCGCGCACGCCCUCAAACAAACGGCAAUCCAAAAGGCAUACGACAAGCCCAAAGAGAAGCCAAUCGACGUUUAUCUGGCACGUGACGAGCAAGCCCGUUUGGAGAUGAAACACCGGAAGGAAGAGGACGAGUUGUACAGGAAGUUUGCGAAGAAGCGCGAGGAGGAGGAUCGACGAGUUCAUAACGAGAUUCAGGAUGAAUGGGAACGCGAACUCGAACGUCUCACGCACAAAUUCGAAAAGGAGCUGACAACCUCCCGUCGAGGCCAUGACGAUCACACAGUCCUCACGUUGCGUCACCAAAAGCAAAAGGAGGAUCUCGAGAAGAACAUGACGCUGCGCAAAACGAAGAAAAAGGAAAGUCUCACCCGUAAAAUGCUCGAAAAUGAGCGCAGCGAAACCGCAGCUCUUGUCGAUCGUCAAUCCAGCGAAAUGUUGGAGCUCAUCAGUGCCCGUCGCAGCGAAUACAUGCAAAACGAGAGCAUUUUCAUCGAUGACGAAUACGCCCCCAACACCGCCUACCCUCUCGUUGCCCCAAAACCGGCGCCGCCUGCCCUCAGCAAAUUCCAAAUUUACGCAGAUCCCGUCGAAUUCCACGACGUCGACCAAAUUGCCAUUUCCGUGGCGCAAGAAGACCAGAAAACCUUCACGGAUCUCGUGCGGCAACUCGUGGGCCGAUGCACGAGUGACAUCGAAAAAGCUCGAACGAUUUUCCGCUGGAUCACGGUGAAAAAUUUGAACACAAUUCAGUUCGACGACGACGAUCAUCGCGGCGAUACGCCAAUGGGACUGUUGCGCGGCAUCAAAUACGGCACGGAAAGUUAUCACGUGUUGUUUAAGCGACUUUGCAGUUAUGCCGGCUUGCAUUGCGUCGUCAUCAAGGGUUACUCGAAGAGUGCCGGCUACCAACCAGGCGUCAAAUUUCAAGAUUCGCGUUUCCGUAACUCGUGGAAUGCUGUUUACGUGGCGGGUGCUUGGCGUUUCGUGCAAUGCAAUUGGGGCGCGCGUCACUUGGUCAACGCCAAGGAGGCACCGAAAACGGGCAAACACAAAAAUGACAGUUUGCGAUACGAAUACGACGAUCAUUACUUCCUCACGGAUCCACGCGAAUUUAUUUACGAAUUUUUCCCGCUGCAGGAAGAUUGGCAACUGCUAAAAAGACCAAUUUCCCUCAAGGAAUUCGAAAAUCUCCCAUUUGUCAGAUCCUUGUUCUUCCGUUAUGGGCUUCAUUUUGCUGACGAGGGUUACGGAGCAGUUGUUUUUACAGAUGACACUGGCGCAGCUACAAUUCGUAUUGCGAUGCCUGCCGAUAUGCAAGGAUGUCUCAUUUUUCAUUACAAUUUGAAGUUUUACGACAGUGAGGAGGAUUCGUAUGACUCGACGUCGCUCAAGAGGUUCGUAAUGCAGUCAGUUAUCGGGAAUGUUGUGGCUUUUAGAGUUCAUGCGCCGUGUUCGGGAGCCUUUUUGUUGGAUAUUUUCGCAAAUGCAGUAACGCCGCAGGAGUAUUUGACCGGAGAACCAAUGAAAUUUAAGUCAGUUUGUAAAUUCAAGAUCUGUUGCGAGGAAUUACAAACCGUAAUGGUGCCUUUGCCUGAUUGUGCAAGCGGCGAAUGGGGUCCCACGAAAGCCACACGACUAUUUGGAUUGAUUCCAAUCACACAUCAGGAACCUCUAAUAUUCGCUGGUCGUAAUAUUGAACUUCAAUUCCGCAUGUCACGCCAAUUAACGGACUUCAUGGCAACUCUCCACAAAAACGGUAUUGAAGAGAAAAAAUUAUCGAAAUAUGUGACGCACAAUGUCUCCGAUGAAAUUGUCACUUUCAUUAUUAGUUUUCCCGAAGAAGGACAAUACGGAUUGGAUAUCUACACACGCGAAGUCGGUCAAGUACAUCACAACAACAACUCAUCAACGGAGAAACACCUCCUGACUCAUUGUUGCAAAUAUUUAAUUAACUCAUCUAAAAGAAAUUAACCAGAAAUUAAAUUUUUUGAACGAAUAUUUUGAGAAAUUUACGAAAUUCAUUGAAAUUAUUGAUUGAGAAUUAAUCAAAAAAAUCACAAAAUUUAAUAAAAAGUACUAAUAAGACGAAAUUUUUCCUUUUUCAUUACUGUCACGAAAACUAUUGUUGACAAAUCUAGAAUAUUUAAUUAAUUAAAAAAAAAAUGAAUUAACAUUUUAUACUGAAAUUUCUUUACUAUGUAAAUAAUU